AUGGGGCUUGUUGAUGGCUAUAGUGGAAUUUACUCCUCGGUCAUCUCCAAACCACAUCCCGGCCACAACUUCAGUCCAGACUUCGUCCCCAUCUCCUCCCCACCAGAAACUCGGACUCUGCCCCUGAAACCACCAUGGGCUCUGAUAGGUUAUAGGCUCUUUGAGGGUAGGCCGCCUUCCACAGUAGACACAGCAGUAAACAUCUUUACCUUCCUACAACUGACUGAAAGUUGCCGCCUGAGGUCACCACCUCCUGCGGUCGCCCUUGCCGCUGCCAUAUUGGCCCAUCUGCAGUGGAUGGUCCUCCAGAACUGCUCCAGCUUCCUUAUCAAGUGCACCGAGCCUAACAACCUCAAGGCCAGAAACUCCUUCCACUACAAUGGGCUGAUCCACUGGAAGACAGUGGGCAUCAAGCUGGCCACCAACAGCAAGGGCAUCGUGGUGGUGCUGAAGCAACGGGCAGGUCAGAGGAAGCCUGAUGCUUCCUAUGUGAGGACCAAUAUCAACAAAAAUGCUCAGGUCACACUCAACAGCGUCUGGAACAUCAUCAGCAAGAACAAAUCCCGGAAAGAUCUCCGCAUGGCUACUCUGCACGGGGCCAGUGCCAUCCUGCAGAGCCAGAAGCCAGUGGUAGUGAAGAAGAAGCAAACCCGCCCACCCAAGAGCACUUAG